CAUCUGACCUCCAAACUUCCUGCAAAGCUCGUUCUUGUGUAUAUUUAUAAGUAUUUACAUGUACAAAUGAUGCACGCGGCACAGAAAGACACCACGUUCACCAAGAUCUUUGUGGGAGGUCUUCCUUAUCACACGACAGACUCAAGCCUCAGGAAGUAUUUCGAGGUGUUUGGGGACAUCGAGGAGGCUGUUGUCAUCACGGAUCGGCAGACGGGGAAAUCCAGAGGUUAUGGAUUUGUGACAAUGGCAGACCGGGCCUCGGCCGAUCGAGCCUGCAAGGACCCCAACCCCAUAAUAGACGGCAGGAAAGCCAACGUGAACCUGGCCUACCUGGGGGCCAAGCCCAGGGUCAUACAGCCAGGUGAGGGACUGGACCACAGCUUUAACGUGGAUCAUCAAGGGUUUGCAUUUGGCGUGCCUCAGAUCCAUCCAGCAUUCAUCCAACGACCUUAUGGAGUCCCUGCCCACUACGUCUACCCUCAGGCCUUUGUCCAACCCAGCGUGGUGAUCCCUCAUGUACAACCGUCUGCUGCUACAGCAACAGCUGCUGCUGCCACUUCCCCAUACCUUGACUAUACUGGUGCAGCCUAUGCUCAGUACUCUGCGGCUGCUGCCACUGCCGCCGCUGCCGCCGCCGCUGCAUAUGAGCAGUACCCAUAUGCAGCCUCACCAGCACCAACAAGCUACAUGACUACAGCAGGGUACGGGUACACUGUCCAACAGCCACUCGCCACCGCUGCCACUCCAGGAGCUGCCGCUGCUGCCGCUGCCUUCAGCCAGUACCAACCUCAGCAGCUCCAGACAGAUCGCAUGCAGUAAAACCAUGAAAACUGCAUUAAAGGAGGGAAAGCAGGGGAGGGCAACUCUUAAAAAAUAGUGGGGGGAAGACCGUAGGGGCUGAAUGAGGGUUGCCACUCCCAGGUUUUAAGUUCAGUCCUUCUACCAAAGAGCCUGAUGAAAAUCACCAAAAAUGUGGAGACAAAUGAGGAAUUACUGUAUAUUUUAUUCAAGUUUGAUAAGUAUUUUGUCACUAUUGAAUAUACAUAUAUGAAUAUUUAAUAUUUAUUCAGCAGGAAAGUAUUUAAUGUUAAUUGAACUAGACUCACUGGACCUCAUGUCAACCGUUGCUGAAUUUUGUAUAUAUACUGCAGUGGAAUUUGUAUAAAAUUUCUAAGUGCAUUCAUGUCUUAUGAUCAGGUUUCUUCCCCACUUUUCUGAAAACAAACUUGCAUACAUAUGAGAACACUGUGUUAUGUUAUCAUGCAGUUUUCAGUAUUUCAUAGUUUUGGACCAGUAUUUUGUUUGGUAAAGCUAUGCAGACAUUGAUGGAGAAGUUGGUGUUUUGUUAGGAUUGUUCUCUCUUUUUUUAUAUAACUGUUUGGAGUGCGAUAGAUUAGACACCCUCAACUAGUCGCCUUUAAAUUGUAUUUUCUCGAUGGUACACGAGACAAAAUGCUGAGGUGACAUCUGAUGCUCAUAAAAACUCACUUUUCUUCCCUUUUUAAAUUGCACCACAAGUGAGUUCAGCGAAAGGGAAGAAACAUUGUUGAAUGUUAAUCUUUCAUUUUGACAAAAUGUUUCAUAAUGUGCCUUUUAAAUUAUGCUAUUUAUGUAUUUAUGAUGGAGCCUUAGUAAUACACCCUUUACUUAUUGUGUUCACAUGUUAAGCCUACUGCAGAACAUGUCCGCACGUGCUGCUGCAUAAUGAUCAAAAGCAUGUGAUGGAUGUUCAAACUUGGCUUAACAAAGUGAUACACUGUGUAUAAAGAACAAAAUAUGAAUGGAAAGGUAGCAACAAGUCAAAGCAUUUUCUGUUUCCUGUAGCUUUAAUGUUUAAUGAUCCAAAAUAGAUUCUUAAUUCCUUCAUGACGCUUUUUAUACUUGACCUGUUUGAGAAAGGACAGUGUGAGAACUGUUUACUUUUAAAAAAUUUUUCACAUUUGAUGUCAUUAGACAUGAAAUGUAUUCAAAUGCAAGGCCAUCACCUAUUUCACCUUGCAUUUGUAAUGCAU